AUGAGAGCAAGAGCAAGAGCAAGUACUGUUACUCAAACAUUUAAUAGUUUAAAAAUUGAUUUAAACGAUGGAGCUUUGAAGAAUUUCUACGAAGAAGCCAAAGAUUUAUCAUUCGUUGAGCGCGGUGAAUUAUUAAUGAAGGAAACCAAUGAAAUAAUUGAUGCUCACAAACAAUUAGCUAAAGAAGGACAAACUCAAGCACCUCCAGAAGACGAGCCAGUUGUUCAUCACUUCGUAACGUUUGUUGAUGGAUGCAAGUCAGCGCCAAUCAACCAUGGUCCAACAACCAAAGAAGCUAUUCUGGAUAACGCUGCUAAAGUUUGCAAAUAAUACAUGGCUCGUGAUUCUGGAGAAGUUCAUUUUACAAUAAUGGCUUUGUUAGCCAAUUAA